GAUCAUAUUACAUACUGUGAUACAUAUAUGUUAUGAUUUACUUUUUCAGAAGAAAAAAAAAAUCCAAGGUUAGAAAAAUGGCUACCUCAGACAAUGUAAAUAUUCCAAAAUUUUCUGAUGAUAUUGAUGAAUUUGAUGGUAGUGUUCUGGAAUAUGUAACUGAAGACGAAGAAGCAACUCUAUUUGCAAAUAUAGCCGAUUUUAAAGCUAGACGUUGCUUUGUGAAAACAAAGUUCCAUGAAAUGUUUGUCAACAUAAUUGAUAGUUGUAGGAAAAGUAGGAAUUCUUGGACUUACCUUAGUGGAAUUCAGGGACUUGGAAAGACAUCAUCAGUGCUGUACUAUGUUUUGGAUCGCAGGAAAAAUAAUGAUACUGGGGUUCAUUACUUUGACCUUAUUGAAAUCGAAAAGAAAGAUAAAAACCUACAAACUUUCUCUACUUUUGUUGAAGAUUUUCAAAGCGAAGACUGUUUUAUCAUCGAUCAUGUUACAAUGUUCAAUUCUCAUUACCUUGACCGAAUUAAAGAAAUAGUUGCAAGUAGAAUUGACAAAUUUAUGUUGAUUGAAGCAGGAUUUACUGCUAGUGCACACACUGCUCUAUAUGAUUGUGGAAAAGAAUUACAAUUGGAUGAGGAGAACUUUUUGAAAAUUUGGAAUGGUUCUUUAAAGUCUUUGGGCUGUCAGGACCAUGCUCUUUCACAGAAGGGAAAAGAAGUGUAUGAUGUAUUCUCGAAGCGCUUUUUGGUAACACCUAGAUUGCUUCAUGGUGUUCUGGACUAUAUGUACAGCUUUCGUUGCAUUGGGAAAACAGUUCAACAAGCUUUAGCACGCUAUACAAAGCAGACACGAGAAGAAAUUGUCCACUUUAAGGGAUGUGGAGACAAUGAACAAUAUGCACAAUUUUUGCUUCACACUACUAUUCUUUUGGAGCAUAUCCCAGAUGAAGGAGAAUACAUCUUUACAGAAAAACAGGCAACAAAGAUUUUGAUUGCAAUCAACAUUUUUGAAACUGAAUAUUGCAUAGUCACAAAAGAUGAAUUAGACUCAAAUAAAGAAUUAUCAGAGCUUGACCUUAAAGAAGGAGAUAACUUCGUAAAAGUUCAGCACCUUCAACCUUACCUUGCAGAUGCAUGGCGACAAAGAUUACCUUAUCAUCUUCAAUUUGUGCUGGAAAAAGCUAGUGAUGAGAUUUUUACCAUAAUGUUCCGGAAUGGAGAAGCUGGAAAGGAAUUUGAGAAAAUGCUUGUAGAGAUCCAGAGGAAUCAAGGCACAGUAAUCCUACCUUCCAAUUCAACAGUUCUUGAAACAGUGUUCGAGCCUUCAGAGACAAAAUUUGAUGGGUCACAAACAAAUGACUGGCUACUCUUGAAAGUUCCACGUAAGAAUUUUUUGGAAUGCAAUGUUCCAGAUAAUCUUACAGAUAUCCCAGAAGAUUUAGAAAACCAUCAAAAAAAUAUUGCAAAAUUUGCUUUUUAUAUAAAACAGCGUAUAGGAUCAACUGACAAGCUUUUGGUUUAUCCUCAGGACCGAAACUUGUUGGGAGUUGAUUACUUUGUAUACAGAACAGACAGUGGUGGUAUGGAGGCAUGCUCUCCUGCUAAGAAACUUAAAACCAAAGAGAAUUCAGUACUGUAUCUUGUUCAAGUUGCAACUGGUGCGACACACAGAGGAGACACUAUAGGCCAAGCUCUUGAUGUUGUGAAGAGGGUAUUUUCUGACAUUGAUGUUACAAUUCAUGUUGUUCUUAUCAUUGCACAGAGUGACUAUAAACCAUACACAUUAACUAAAUGCAGGUUUGAAAACAUCACAGUCUUAAAUUUGUAUGAGAACUCUUCAAGUGUACUUCAAACCCUUUUGCAGUCAAAUGCACUUUUGUAUAAAUUUUACGUACAACUGAUAAAAAAAACAACGUAAAACAAUUACAUGUAAUAUAUAGUGUAUUUUUACAGUCUUUUAAAACAACAUAAAAAUAUGUAUGUAAAUACAUGUAUGUGUAUAAUGCCUUGUUUGAUUAUAGGACUGAAAUAAAGCCUAUCUUAAAAAUAUUGUUGUAGACAGUUUUCAAAGUGCACAAAAUUGGUAGAAUCACUUUGCUGAUAAAGGUUCAUGUAGUCUUGGUUGUAAGUACCGGUAUAUUACCCUAAUUAUUGUGACACUUGUUUGUAUGUGUAUUAGGCUAUUUGAUUUUAAAUAAAGAUGAAAAUAUGUCA